GCGGGCGGAGGCCUGGGGGGGAAGCAGGCUCAGCCUCUGGUCGGCCCCGCCUUGGGCCUCCCUGCUGAAGCUGCCAUGGGGCCGGGGGGGGGCUUGGACCCCUGUGAACUGGGCUGAGACCCACCAGACUCAUGUCACCGGGGGAGCCACCAAAGGGACCCAAAUUCUCAUCUUCACCCUGGUGGGGCGUGAUCGCAACCCGGCCUGACCCUCCUCCGUGCCAGUCGCACAGUGCUGGAGCCAAUGGGGCGUGCACGGGGGCCGAUCCCGGCUGGGGACAAGGCUGCGGUUUCCAGCUGGACUUGUUCUGCGGGAGCCUGCGUGAAAUGCAUUGGGUGCCUACAGGACGCAACCCCCUCCCCGCUGCCGGGGUGUUCCAGGCGGAAGAUGAGAGCUGCACAGCAGAGCCCGCAGGCGACGUAGUGAACGUGGUUUUCAUUGACCGUUCUGGGCGCCGGAUCCCCGUGCAGGGGCGUGUGGGGGAGGAUGUGCUCCGCCUGGCCCAGAGGCACAACAUUGAACUGGAAGGCGCCUGCGAAGCCUCCCUGGCUUGCUCCACCUGCCACGUCUACGUGAGCCAGGAGUUGGUGGACAAGCUGCCUGCCCCUGACGAAAGGGAGGAAGACAUGCUGGACCUGGCCCCACAGCUACAGGAGAACUCCCGACUCGGCUGUCAGAUCAUCCUCACCAAAGAGCUGGAGGGGGUGGAGUUCACCCUGCCCAAAAUCACCAGGAACUUCUAUGUGGAUGGCCAUGUUCCCAAGCCCCACUGAAGGCUGGAGGAGUCUCUGGGCUGCCCGUGGCUCUGGGGCUGGGCCUUGGCCUUAUAGAGCCCAAAGCAAGGGGGGCUGGUUGGAGAAGGCUCCCCCUGAGGGUCUGCAGCACUGCUGGUGACACAGAGAGGUGCGGGGAGGGGUUAGUUUUAUAGGCCCAGGGUGAAGCCCUGAGCUUCCUACAGGCCGAGGUGGGGAGGGGAUGUCAGAAGCAAAGAUGCUAGAAUAGCCCCCCCCCCCCAGCACCUUUGCUCACAGCCCCAGAGGUGACGUGGGGCCAUACAACAGCCCUAUCUUUUCUGUUCAGGGAAUCUGCAUUUUUUGGUGUUGGUUACCAAUCCUGCAGCCCGUCCCAGGGAGCAGAAGGAGGGCAGGUUGUGGGGGGCUAGCAGGGGGUGCUCUGCAUUCUUCCUGUCUGGAGGUCACCGUUUCUCAUGGCGUGCUUUAAUAUGCAUUAGGAGCCUUGGUGCGUUCUCUGUGCCAUUUGACGUGGGAUGGCAGGGACCAAAGCAGCACGUUCUCUGGGCUGGUCGCUGUGGAUCACCCAGUGUCACGCUGUAACCUCGGGAUCAGGGCCAACGCCCCUCCCGCAGCCACAUUUUAUUAUUAAAGCUCACGUUUGUAUGA